UGUGCAUUCGUACUAAACUGGUCAUCUUUGAGUGUAAGAACGACGCUCUCUUUUAUUAUGUCGUUUCUUCUGACUUCCUUUCUGCCAGGCUGGCUGACUCUAGAGAGGAAUCCGCUGAAUAGUUUGCUUCAAGGUCUGGUGUGUGCAUGCGGCAUUUCGGUGUUAACCUCCUUGAUGAGGGUGUAUCUGCUUUUAGAGGAGAGCUGGAGUGAUAAAACAGAUAAAGACACAACAGCUCAGAGGAGUCAUCACCACAGACAUAAAGCUGGACUUGGUGCAAAGCUCCAGUUUGUCUUGGUGACUGCUACACUGGCUGUUGUGGGCUCCCGUGUGGCCUCCCUGGUGGUAUUAGAAUUUUGUCUUCGGACCGUGUCUGCAUGGGUUACAGCUAGACCAGAGUCCAGCAAAUGUCUGCAGCAGCUGCUGGUUCAAAGCCAGUUCUCCCUGGGCUGUGCUCUCAGCUGCAGUUUGUACUUCCUGCACGAGGGGGCGCCCCAGCGCUGGCUGUGUCUACUGCUGGCAGCGAUGCUCAGCUGGUCCCUGGCGAGCCAGGCCACACGGCUGCUGCACCACGUCACCGUUCUCUAUAAACUCCACAGCUCCCAGCGUUACUGUGGCAUUUGCAUCGGCCUGCUCACAUCAGGCCGCCUCCUGCUGCCCCUGCUGUGCAGGGUUUUGAUCGUUACCUUCUCUGUGGCUGUAUUUUCCGCCAUAUCCAUCAUUAAUCAGCAGUUCCUCUCCGCCACUGAGGCCCUCAGGUUUUGGACGCCGCUGACUAUCUGCUACACCCUGUUGGUCGUGUACAUGCAGGAGGAGCAGCACAGUCAGCCCAGCAGCCAGGUCAUCCUGAACACAGUGGUGGUGCGCCUGGGGGGGUUGUUGGUCCUGAUGCUGACCGUCGGACACUGGGCUGAUGUGCUCCACAUCCUAAUGUGUUUCCUCGGCGAGGCCAGCUGUCUAAUCCCCAACUGGGAUCUUGUGGGCGCAGCAUCCUCACAGGUCAGUGCGAAGCAAUGUGCAGGGCCGAGAGCGAUUUCUGUCCAUCGAGACCAUAAAACUAGGGCAGAAUAUCAAUGCGUUCAUUAGACUGGGUCCCAAGAUGAGGCUGAGCUUCUCGAACUUGUAUUCCAGGUAGAGAAGGUUUCAGACCCCUAAGACAGAUUCAGGUCAGGCAUCCCAUGAGUUGGAAUACGAAGCCUACUUUCCCUUUAACUUAAAAAGCCAGAUGAAAGCAUCAAAAGGUUCAAAUUUAAAUAGUUGUUUAUGCCUUUCUGUUGUGUAGAAGACAAAUACAGCUGAGAGAUAAUGGGUAGAUGUUGUCAAGUGUUUGUUUUUGUAUUUGUAUGCAGCUAUUUCAUCUGUCAUAUUUGUUGUGUGCAUAAAGGAUGAAGAGGAUUACACAGACUAUGCUGAAAGAGAACACCACCAAAGAACGCAAACUCAGCAGAAGAAGCAAAGAUAGAGGUUUAAAGAUAUUGGAUUGCUUCUUUUUAAUGUGGGUAUUUAGUCUUAGUCCCAUCAGGGCAACGUCAGCCUUCAGGAGUUUUUGUACCUGUAGAAUGGAUUAUUUUUUCAUUAAAAUUUCCAAACUAACGUGUGGCCUGAAGAGUCGGUCCUUGAUAUUAGGUGUAAUUACAAAGCAGAAACGCUCCACGUGCUUUGAAACAAACCCAGGAUGUCUCUGUGGCCUCUUAGAUGAUCUAUUGCAAUAAUCGCAGGACGGUUUUGACGAUUAGUCCGGGGGAGAUUCAUUGUGCCACAUUUUCUUUGUGGGGGCGGGGAGCCUGAGGGCGGUUGCGACAUUUUCACGCCACAAAAAGGUAAAAUAGGCGACGUUUAAACCGCUGCUGUUACAAUAACACCUACCUGUGCAUUUAGCGGAUUCGCAUAACAUAAUGUAUGUGUUUGAUGGGGAAAAACAGCCACAACCUAACUAUGCAUUUUACUCGCCUACCGUUUACUUCCAAUAAAACAA